CGAAGUGAUGCAGCUGGUGUUCCUCGAUCAUCUAAUCCGUCGUGAUGAUGCGAAUUGUCUCUAGAUCUGAUCACAACAUGGUGAUGCUCGUAUGAAACUCACCUUGCGUCAUAAUUCAUAUUGUUUCCUGCAGUGCGGAGCGAGAUGGAUCCGAGCAGGAGGAGCGAGAGCGACUGGCAGGGGCUGAUCAACGAGUUUCUCAUUUGUAAGCAGAAGUUGGAGAGUAAAAAAGAAGCUCUUCUGAUUCUGUCGAAAGAGCUUGACACCUGCCAGCAGGAGAGGGAUCAGUACAAACUGAUGGCCAACCAGCUACGUGAGCGACACCAAGGACUCAAGAAGAAGUACAGGGAGCUCAUUGAUGGAGAUCCCUCUUUGCCUCCUGAGAAAAGGAAUCAAGUAAAUUUAGCCCAGCUACUGAGAGACUCCAGAGAAAAAAGCAGUCAACUUUCUGAGGAGGUGAAGGAGCUGAAACAACGACUGGUGGAAGCUCAAGGUGACAACAAGCUUCUACGAAUGACCAUCACCAAACAGAGGCUGGGAGAUGAAGAGGUCGGAGCUCGACACUUUCCUGCUCAUGAACGAGAGGAUCUGGUCAAACAGUUAGAAAGAGCUGGAGAACAGAACGAGGUUUUGGAGCACAGCGUGAAGUCGCUCACAGAUGAGCUUCAGGACGUGCGAGCAGAGCGUGACGUGUUUCAGCAGAAGGCUCAUCGACUCAACGUGGAAAUGAACCAAAUCUUGGGCAACGAUGAGAUACGGAUUUUAGAUGUAGAUGCACUAUGCAUGGAGAACAGGUAUUUGCAUGAACGGUUCUGUCAACUUCAAGAAGAAAUCCACUUGCUUAAAACAAACUUGGUGAAGUACAAGAGUGCCCUGGACUGUAGGAAAACCGCUAAAAUCUGUGGGAAACCCAACAGUAGUGCACUGACUGGGGUGCUCUCUGCUAAACAAGUGAAGGAAUUGUUACUGUCUGAAGAAAACGGCUGCAGUUUGCCGGUGACUCCUCAGUCCAUCUCAGACCUCAAGUCACUCGCCACAGCUCUGCUGGAAACCAUCCACGAGAAGAACAUGGUGAUUCAGCACCAACGCCAAAUCAACAAGAUUCUUGGAAAUCGGGUAGCGGAGCUGGAGAAGAAACUAAAAACGUUAGAAAUGUCUGGAUUAUGGAGCCUGCCAGGAGGAAAAGACACCAUCAUCCUGAAUACUCAGCCGGCUGAGUCGACGGAGUCUCCUGUACAGGAAGGUGAUGAAGGGUCAGCAAACAUUGCCGUCAAUCAGCAGAGCUCCACAGGAGUCCCAGUCCAAGAGAGCGAACCUCCAGCUGGGUCAGGUGGUCAAGAGGAGCUUCUUAAGGAGACACUUUUAUCAUCCAGCGAGGAGACGUGCCAGCCGAACCUCUCGUAUCAGUCAGCCGAGGAAGAGCCGGUCUGCCCUGAGACAGAACCACCAGACAGUGAGGAGUGUCACGACAGCGGUCAAUCACAGGUCACAGCUGAUUUAACGAGUCACCGGUCAAAAGAAGAGGAGUGUCAGAGUGAUUCCUCCCCCACACACCAUUCAUCAGACCUCAGCCACAUGGAGCAAACUUUAGAGGACUCUGACCCCACAAGGGGAAAAGAGGAACAGUCGGACGAAUGCACUGAAGAGGUGGAAACUGUUGAGACAGAGCUUAUUCUAACAGAGACAAACAUAAUUAGCACAAUACACGCUGCUGCCGUCGCAAGUUCUGAUGGGGAGCAGGAGAACGUCCAGUCAGACCAGGAGACAGAGCUUUCAGAUGGGACAGAUGUUUUUGUUAGUCAGGAAAUGUGAAGUCUUC